ACACACAUUUCCCUCUCCAUCCUCCACAGCCCACCAGGAGCUGUGAAUGGCAGACUCGUAUUUCGCUCCACUGGUGAGCAGCACGCCAGUCAAGAGUGGAGACUGAGCAGAGCGCACGGCCACAGUCAGCCACCUCCUGAUGCCAUGUCAACAAACUGGAAGAUUAGUGGAUAUUUUUAAAUGAACGGAUGAUAUUAGUGUUUUUAAAUCAUUGACAUACACGUGUUUUUGUUUUUUUACUCUCAGGAUUUGCUGUGCGCGCUGAAGUGGCCAUGGCGCAUUUUACGCACUGCAGAUAACCACUGUUCUGGAGGCUCAAACAAACAAAAACAUGGAUUAAACAGCAAGUGAUUCUCCCCCCUUUAUCCAGGAGAGUUCAAAUGGCGGCCCUUCGUAGAAAAUUUGGCGAAGAUUACCAGGUGGUUAACACAAAUCGAGCUACCACUUUUUCCGCUCCGGUCAAGAAGAAACGCCAGCGCUUCGUGGACAAGAACGGUCGCUGCAAUGUGCAGCACGGAAACCUCGGUGGAGAGACCAGCAGGUACCUCUCUGACCUCUUCACCACUUUGGUCGACCUAAAGUGGCGAUGGAACCUGCUCAUCUUCAUCCUAACUUACACGAUCGCUUGGCUGGUCAUGGCAUCUAUGUGGUGGAUCAUCGCUUAUAUCAGAGGAGACCUAAAUCACGGACACGACUCGUCCUACACCCCCUGCGUGGCUAAUGUUUACAACUUCCCCUCAGCUUUUCUGUUUUUCAUCGAGACUGAGGCCACGAUCGGUUACGGCUACCGGUACAUUACCGAGAAGUGUCCAGAGGGCAUCAUCCUCUUCUUGUUCCAGUCGCUGCUCGGCUCCAUAGUGGACGCUUUUCUCAUUGGCUGCAUGUUCAUAAAAAUGUCCCAACCUAAGAAACGCGCAGAGACGCUCAUGUUCAGUCAGGACGCGGUGAUUUCUCAGCGAGACGGGAAACUGUGCCUCAUGUUCCGCGUGGGCAACCUGCGGAACAGCCACAUGGUGUCCGCUCAGAUCAGGUGCAAACUCAUAAAGUCUCGUCAGACACCCGAGGGCGAGUUCCUGCCUCUGGAUCAGUGUGAAUUGGAUGUUGGCUUUGGGACGGGUGCAGAUCAACUCUUCCUGGUAUCUCCUCUCACCAUUUGCCACGAAAUCAAUCCCAAGAGCCCUUUUUUCGACUUAUCUCAGCGCUCUCUCAAGAACGAGCAGUUCGAGAUCGUCGUCAUCCUUGAGGGCAUCGUGGAGACCACCGGUAUGACAUGCCAGGCACGAACGUCAUAUACUGAGGAUGAGGUUUUAUGGGGCCAUCGCUUCCUGCCGGUGAUGUCUCUGGAGGAGGGCUUUUUCAGAGUAGACUACUCUCAGUUCCACAGUACGUUUGAGGUACCGACACCUCCGUACAGUGUCAAAGAGUACGAAGAGAAGAAUUCAUUGCCCUCGCCUCUAUCCACACCCACCCCCGCACUGACCGAGAGUCACGGCGGUCGGCGAGACCGGGUGUUUUCUGUGGAUUGCAUCAACACGUCAGAUGAAAGGGGCCAUCAGGGAGGGGCUGGAGGUCGACUUCCAAGCAAGCUGCAGAGGAUGAGCUCAUCCGGGAAGGAGGACCUGCAAAGGAAAGUGCUUAUGCUCAGCUCCCAGCACUCUGAGAAGGCCUGCAGCACGGGAGAUCUUCCUCUAAAGCUCCAACGACUCAGCUCCUCAUCAGCACCCGAAGCGGAGAAUCGGCUGCAACUCAAGUCCCUUAAGGUAGGCUUUGAACCCAUGACCCAGUCUACUGGAGACCUUUACCAGCACAGCCUAGCUCCCACGCUGCCCCCUGCUCCAGCCCCCAUGCACAGCCCACUGCUCUCAGCUGGAGGGAGGCCAGAGGACAACUUGCCACCGAAACUACGGAAGAUGAAUGCUGACCGCUAAAACCCAGACAGUCCCAGACCACAACCAUAGACUCCAACUGACCUCUGACAGGAGGAGACGUGCAUGGAAACAGAUUCAGAGAUAUGCUUAACUUUGGAGGCUCUGGAAGAAACUGAAGGUUUAUGACAAUUUGUUUUUUUUCUCUUGAGACACAACCUUUACUGGAAAUUACUGUGAUUUUUUUUUGUUUCAUAGCAGAGGCAUUCAUGCGGGCUUUGUUACACACAACAACAACAACACUGAAAGAAAACUUCAUGCUUGACGCGCACUUGAUCAUCCUGCAAACGUUGUGCAUGUAAACACUAAAUCCAUUGUUUAAAGUAUGCACCACUACACUUAAUAGUCAAUCUUAAUUUUAUCUUAAUAUAAAUUAUAUUAAAAUGACAAUAAAUGCUGUUUGAUCUUUCU